UUUGAAGUUGAAGUGGCUUCGAGCUUGAACGCAUCCAUCGCCUACAUGAUCGUUGUCUAUGUAGCUCAAUGACAACGGAAUCAACGCUGAUGUUCUCUACCUUGACCCUUACGGGCAGCGCGAUCCCAAAGCCCGUCACAUUACCGAGGCAAAAGGACUUCCCAGCUUGUCAGUUCGACGCAAAUCCUGGCAUGUAUCGAACCAGACCGGACUGGCAGCCAUCAUUGUCUCCUCGCAACGAUGCUGGCCACCUGUCGCUGAGGUUGGGAGAGUGCAUCGGUGGCGGCAGGUCCGCCGUAGUCUAUGAUGCCGAGAUCUUGACCACGUCCACCUCAAAGGAAGGCUACAUUCCCCCUUCAUCUCCGACUCCCGCAGAACAGAAGCUCUGUGUCAAGAUCGCGCGGCCCAACCGUUGUCGCACACUGGCACGAGAGGGAUGAACGGCACGGGGAACGACUGUGGGGUGCUCUUG